CACGCCACCAUGCCCAGCUAAUUUUUGUAUUUUUAGUAGAGACUGGGUUUUACCAUGUUGGCCAGGAUGGUCUCGAUGUCUUGACCUCAUGAUCUGCCUGCCUCAGCCUCCCAAAAGUGCUGGGAUUAUAGGUGUGAGCCAUCGUGCCUGGCCUAGCCUGUUGCAUUUUUAAAACAUUAAGUAUCUGUUGGUAUCAUCCCUGUUUGAGCCAGGGCCUGAGAGCUCACUGCCAAAGCAGUUACCCUGUAUGUCUGAGAAGCAUCACCGCCUGAGAUUUCUUUGGCGUACAGUCGCAGGAAGGACUCUACAUAUAUCCUUCAUACAUCUAUUGUUUGCAGUAGUUCUUGGGCGGCAGCAAAAUCAUAGGCACUUUGGGACUAAUUCAUCUAUAGAACACUUUAGAAUGGACUACACUGGGAUGCUAAAGGGAGUUCAUGGUUAUGGGAAGAAGCCUGGGAGAAACUGCUCCUCAGCCGCAGGGAGGCCUCCUCUCCUUCUCCUGGUGGCUUUAAUUGCUGCUCUAGGCUGUCUGAAUUACCCAGCAGAAGAGGAUUUCCCCUUCAAAAACACAGCCUCCCUAAAACUGCUUUUGAUUUGUAACAGAAACUACUUAGUAGCUAGGAUGGAGGCUUGAUAACUCCUAUUCCCAGAACUCAUUAAAACAAGGAAUUUUAAUAAGUAUUUUUGCCCUUUGCAGCCCAGGGUUUUAGAAGUCCAGGCAGCUGUUUUCCAGAUUUCAGUGUCAGGCCAUCACGCAUGCAGUGCUUCCGCUUCUUUCCCUUGGCUCAAAACAGGUCUGAAGCAAGUUACUUUAUCUAUGAUUCCUUCACACUGUCCCACCCUGGUUACACAAUUGCCAUUUUGCCCAGGCAAUACAAUGCAUAAGGCUAAUUAACCUUCUGCCCAUGACAGUUUCCUCUGAAAUAGUCAGAUCUUUGAUGCAGGGCUUUUAAAAAACAAUUUCUAUGACACUUAGGAAUUCUCCUUUAACUAUGACUCCUAAAAUUUGUUAGCUUUGCCCAUCAAAACAAAAGAACAAGGUAAAAUAUAUUGCAAUUCCUCCAUAAAGAAAAGGUUCUGGCUGGGUGCGGUGGCUUAUGCCUGUAAUCCCAGCACUUUGGGAGGCUGAGGCGAGUGGAUCACCUGAGGUCAGGGUUCGAGAACAGCCUGGCUAACAUGAUGAAACCCGGUCUCUACUAAAAAAAAAAAAAAAAAAAUACAAAAUUAACUGGGCAUGGUGGCGUGCGCCUGUAAUCCCAGCUACUGGGGAGGUUGAGGCAGGAGAAUCACUUGAACCUGGGAGGUGGAGGUUGCAGUGAGCUGAGAUAGCAUCAUUGCACUCAAGCCAGGGAAACAAGAGGGAAAUUUGAUAUCCAAAAAAAAAAAAAAAAAAAAAAAAAAAAGAGAGAGAGAGGAAAAGAAAAGUUUCCACUGUUUUGGGACAUGAAGAAAAAGCUUGAAAAUUUCUCUCCUAUCCCUCCCUGUCUUUUCACUGUCAGUUUCUACACAAGGCUUUAUCUGCUAUCCCUCGCCUUCUUGAUACCCUGCAGGGAGCGCCUGCCCUCACUGCUCUACUAAACCAGAACUCUUAAAGGUCACCGGUGAUUGCCUAAUAUAAAUCCAAUGGCUGUUUCUCAGAUUUCGUUCAUGAUGGCUCAGCAACAUCUGACCCCAUUGACUUCCCCUACUCCUUGAAUUGCUGUCUGUCGGCAGCUCCUUCCUAGCGGUGUCGGUGUCUAUCUGGUUUCUCCUCUGCUGUCAUCCUUCCUGUUCUAUCAAGAAGCAGUCUGAAGUGGUUUAGAGUGUGGGUUCUGUCCAUGAUGUAAAUCCUGGCUCAAGCACUUGCUAGAGUAGCUUUGAGUAAGUUAUUUAAUCCCCGUGCCUCAGUCUUCUCAUCAGUAAAAUGGGGAGAAGAAGAGUAGCUACAGCAGAGGAUUAAAUAGUGUGCUUAGUACAGCACCCAACAAAUGCGAUUUUUAAAAAUCAUAUAACUUCCUGUUAUGUGAUAAUAUCCUAUAACUUCAGGAUAAAACCCUAAUGGCUCCCUCUGGUCAUCAGGACCUCUAAGAUUCCACACACCCUUCUCAGUGUGCGUCCACUUCUGAGGCUUUGUCCCUUGCACUCCCUACUGAACCACAUUCACCCCUCCCUCUUCUGCCCCUCCUUCCCUGGCCUGAGGAGGGAAGAAUGCUGAGGGCUACCCCUGCCCAGGAGGCAGCAAGCACAGCCUGCUUUGUAACAGAAGACAGCCUCCCUUGGGCAUAGAGCCUGUCACCCUCACACAGAGUAUGAAUUACUUAAGAACACCAGCUGUGAUUUAUACUUUUACAAAAUAUCUUCCUCAGCAUUUAGCACUAUACCUUUACACACAAUGGGAAUUUAACUCGUAUCUUUUAACUGCCAAAACAUUAUAGUUUUACUUGGCCCUUCCAAAAUCCUUUUUCCUCCUAAAUUGAAACCUGUAUUGAUCAGUCCUGGAGCCCAUGUAAGCUUGAUAUGGGAUAAUUGAGUCAACCCCACAGGGAGAGUUACCCAUGUUGGAACCUUUUUUGGAAUGAAGAAGGAUAUUUAGAAAUAAUUAAAAUAAUGGGAGUACAAGGAAUAAUAAUUUUUUUUGCCCACCUGCAACUGUCUUGAUCGAGUUAUAAGGGAAUAAUAAUUUAAUGCUUUUAAAAAGUAGCUUGAAGUCCUGCCAACCUAUAAAGCUGUUAGAAUUUUUAAGAAGCGUUUAGGAGUUUUUUCUAUACUCUCUAUUCUCAGAGUAAAAUGAGCUGUGAAGGUGUGAGCAGCAAAUCUAUCAGCCCUUCAGACCUUGCCAUAUUCCUGCUCCUGAGCCUCUGUGUUCUAGUCCUGCUUGCUUUCUCCUUCCUGCCCUGGUGAAGAGGACAUUGAAGUUGGAUGAAAAUCAAAGGAAGGGUUGCCUACUUAAAAAAAAUGAACCCCUUUACUGGCAUUGUGGGUUGGCAUGGUAAAGACAGCCUAAGUUUUCAUCAGCAUCUGCUGUGUGUGUGUCCCUGGGGUCAUGAAGACAGCCCUAGCUAUGCUGACAGUAGAGCAGCUUCCCACCCCGCAGCCCUGGAAGCCAUUACGGACCAUGUGCUUUGCAUCUUGAGAUUCCAUAGCAGAGUUUCUCCACUUCAGCACUGUUGACACGUGGGGCCAGGUAGUUCUUUUUUGCAGGGGCUGUCCUGUACAUUGCAGGGUAUUUAGCAGCAUCCCUGACCCUCACCCAAUAGACGCCAGUGGUACUACCACGACCACCCCCCAACCUCAGUGGUGACAGGGGUAAAGUAGGACUGACAAGGUACUUUGUGCUUUGGUGAAAGGCCACAAUUGCUCAGUAAUCUUCAUGGCUCUUAGAAAAUUUAGCUGUAGACUUGUGGUUUAAAAGCCACCUCCAAUUGACAGUCAUGAUAUGUUCUCUCUAAAUGCAGUAGCAGAAAUUGCAUGCCGUACCCAAAGGCUAAAAGUGACAGUUAAGGACAUGCUUUCUGAAAAACUUUAAGGCUCUGACUUUGGGAGAGACCUGAUUUGGCCAGUGAUUACCUCUGUCUUGUUCAUUGUGUUAGGGAAGGGAAAGUGUUUACACAGAUGAUCUCCAAAAUGCUCCCUACGGAUAGUCUAGAAAUAAGCCUUGUGACGUUUCUUGAAUCAAGGAGGCAAGGUAGAAUGACUAAUUCCGUGGACAACUGUAUCUUCAGUGUUUCAGACUUGUGCCAACAGGUGGGAGGAACUCCAGAGGUCAUAUCCAGUCCUAUGGACUGAAUUGCAUCCCCUCCAAAAAUAUAUGUAUGUUGAAGCCCUAAAUAUAUGUAUGUUGAAGCCCUAACUUAUGUAUGAUAAGUCCCCAAUGUGACUUAUCAGGAGAUAGGGUCUUUAGGAGAUAAUAAAGGAUAAAUGAUGUCAUAAGGGUGGGUCCCUAAUCUGCUAGUACUGUCCCUUUCUAAAAAGAGGAGGAAAGAGAUAUCUCUCUCCUGCUUCCAUGUGAGGACACAGUGAGAAGGUGGCUGUCUACAAGCCAGGAAGAGAGCCCUUACUAGAACUUGACCAUGGUGGCUUCCUGAUCCAGGACCUCCAGCCUCCGGAACUGCAAGAAAAUAACUUUCUGUUGUUUAAGCCACCCAAUCUAUGAUGUUCUGCUAUGGCAACCUGCGCUAACUAAUACACCCAGCAUCCUCAUUGUACAGAUGAAGAAACUGGAUGCAGACAGGUAGACUUGCAAGUGGUCAAGCUUCUAAUGAGUGGCAGGGCCGGAAACUAGAGCCUCUGCUUCCUGAUGCCUAAUCCAGCGUACAUUCUUCUUCCCGCACUUUCUCCAGUCAUAUGGUCCUCUUACUUAUCAUCUCUACAACCUAUGCCACAUCAUUUCCAUGAGCAUCGGGGUCCGUAUGCUUGCCCUGCUUAUCUCAGUAUUGUUGCAAGGAUCAGUCGCACAGUAGAAAAAGGAUAGUUCCUAAACUACAACAUAUUUUGCAAAUACGUCAGACUCAACUCAGAUUCAGCCUAGUUAGCAGGAGUCCAUCAGCCUCUGGAAAUUGUCAGUCUAGUCAAGUAGGUAGCUCUGUGAGGUCACACUAGGCUAGCUUGACUCAUGGGUAGGUUGGCUGUUGGCUUUAGGGAAUAGAUCAGAGGACAGAGAAGGCAGGAGGAGAUAGCUCCUGGUUUGGUGAUGGACCACCUCAAUCGAGGUGAAUCCUCUUCUCUUUGGUUGAGUUGUAAAAGCUGAGGUUAAUAUGAGUUUGCAUAGUAAGAGGAAUGUUUGUCUUAAAGAGGACAGACCAUCGGAGCUGGAGGAGGCCUUGGAAGUUUAAGCUACAGCCAGAAUCUCUGGUGUUAAGCAACAAGAACAUACCCUGAUGGGCUGGGCAUGGUGGCUCAUACCUGUAAUCCCAGCAUUUGGGAGGCCAAGGUAGGCGAAUCAUCUGAGUUUGAGUUCAAGGAGUUCGAGAUCAGCCUGGUCAACAUGGUGUAACGCAGUCUCUAGUAAAUACAGAAAUUUUUGCAUAGCAUGGUGGUGCACACCUGUAGUCCCAGCUACUUGAGAGACUGAGGCAGGAGAAUCACUUGAACCUGGGAGGUGUAGUUUACAGUGAGCCAAGGUCAUGCCACUGCCCUCUAGCCUGGGCAACAGAGUGAUACUCUGUCUCAAAAAAAAAAAGAAAAAAGAAACCUACCCUGAUGAACUUCAGUAGUAAUGACAGUAUAUAAACUAUUAAAUAUUGUACAGUUGUAAAUACCAUUCUCAGCUCAACUUUUAUGGCAUUUUUUAAUAUUGUGCAACUUUUAUUAUAUUUAUUGAAUAUUCAUAAUAUAGAAGUAGAUCAGGAAGGGUAUGUUUAUCUGGAAGUAAGAAAAUCAGAAAAACAGUGGCUUUUGUAGGUGGCUGUCUUAUUUUCAUUGUGUAAUAAGUUUAGAGGCAGCAAUCCAGGGCUUGUCCGGCUGCUCAGGGAUGUCAUCAGCGGCUGAGGUUCUAUUUAGCAUUUUGUUCAGGGUCAUGGAUGGCUGUUUCACCUCCAGGCAUUUCAUCUGUGUUCCAGUUAGGAAGAAGGAGGAGGGGUGAAGAUGAAGCAUGAAAGCCUUGAUCCUUCUAGCUCUUGCCUUCAUAUUGGAAAGGGGACUUAUUUCUUCAUUUUAUUCAUCAGAACUGUAUCACAUGACUCCUUCUGAAUGAUAAGGAGUCUGGAAAUUCAACUAUUUUGCUUUCUGCGCUCUAGAAUAGAGGGAGACAAGGAAGAAAGGAAUUGAAAUGGGGCCUGUGAGCCAGGCAUGUUUAUGACAUAAGAACAUGGCAUUUCUGCAGAAUCAUAAGGUCUCAGAGAGCCAGCUCAGAAAACAAGGGUGGCCAGGCACAGCUCGAGAGCUCUGGGCCACCCACUCCCUGUCAACACUGCCAUACCUCUGGACUCACUCCACCGCAGCUGGGCUUUUGCGUUCUUACUAAGGAUUCAAAGUUCUUUGCUGAGUCCAGGUCGCAUUCCCAUACUAGAACGACAUGGCAAGGGUAGGGAGAGAGACAGUAUGUCCCCUCCCACUUGGGCUUCUGUAAUGGGAAAGAGGGGACCUUGCCAGCCACCUAUCUUGAUAUAUUCCUCCAAAUACAGAGGGUCCUCCAAUGCUAAGCCACCAAAAAUGACAAAUAUUUACCCUCCCGCUGUUUUACAGAUGUGGAGUCUGAGGCUCAGAAAGAGGAGAGUGCUCAGUCAGUGCCAAAUAGUUGGUGAAGGACAGACUCAGGAGUUAGUCUUACCCUAACACGCUCAAUCUGGUUGGUCCCAGGGAAGCAGCCACUCUCAGAAUCUUUUCCUGAGGCUCCUUGACAUUCCCUGUGAUAAAGGGAGUUGUCUGGAGAGGCAGCCCCUCCUUUUUCCAGAAGCUCCUGGGUAGAUCCCUUGCUCCCCCGGGAACUUCCAGCAGCUGCUUUCUCUUUGUGUAGUGCUGAGGCUUUACAAAAUUAAGAAGUACCUCCUCCCUGCAGACAACAUCCAGGAUUCCUGUCAUGGAUUGUCCAAUGGGAUAUUUUGUGAAGAUGCUAGGUGGGCACUAUAUUUGUAUGUGUCUUGUAGAACCCACGCUUGGAAAUGCUGACAGCAGGCUUCAGGACAGCUGAGCCCCAAUAAACACCAAGAAAACCCACGGCUCUGGCUGCAUCUUCCAACAUGACCAAUCCACAGCCUGCCACAGAAGGAGGAAUUUCUGAAGUUGAGAUAAUCUCCCAACAAGUAGACGAAGAAACCAAGAGCAUUGCUCCCGUGCAGCUGGUGAACUUUGCCUAUCGGGACUUGCCCCUGGCUGCUGUCGAUCUCUCCACGGCGGGCUCGCAGCUCCUGUCAAAUCUGGACGAAGAUUACCAAAGAGAAGGGUCUAACUGGCUGAAGCCGUGCUGUGGGAAGAGAGCAGCCGUGUGGCAGGUAUUUUUGCUCAGUGCAAGUCUCAACAGUUUCCUGGUAGCCUGUGUAAUAUUGGUGGUGAUUCUCCUGACUCUGGAACUUCUAAUAGAUAUAAAGCUUCUCCAGUUUUCCAGCGCGUUCCAGUUUGCUGGUGUGAUUCACUGGAUCAGCCUGGUCAUUCUGUCCGUGUUCUUCUCAGAGACUGUUGUACGGAUUGUGGUGCUUGGGAUCUGGGAUUACAUCGAAAACAAAAUAGAGGUGUUUGACGGGGCUGUGAUCAUCCUGUCUUUGGCUCCGAUGGUGGCAUCCACUGUGGCCAACGGACCCAGGAGCCCCUGGGAUGCCAUCAGCCUCAUCAUCAUGCUCCGGAUCUGGAGGGUGAAGAGGGUCAUUGAUGCCUACGUCCUGCCAGUGAAGGUGGAGAUGGAGAUGGUUAUCCAGCAGUACGAGAAGGCCAAGGUCAUCCAAGACGAGCAGCUGGAGAGGCUGACGCAGAUCUGUCAGGAGCAAGGGUUUGAGAUCCGACAGCUGCGCGCGCACCUCGCGCAGCAGGACCUGGAUCUGGCUGCGGAGCGCGAGGCGGCGCUGCAGGCCCCGCACGUGCUCAGCCAGCCGCGCAGCCGCUUCAAGGUGGUGGAGGCCGGCGCGUGGGACGAGGAGACGGCGGCGGCCGAGAGCGUCGUGGAGGAGCUGCAGCCGUCGCAAGAAGCUACAGUGAAAGAUGACAUGAACAGCUACAUCAGUCAGUAUUACAAUGGGCCCAGCAGUGACAGCGGUGUCCCAGAGCCAGCGGUGUGCGUGGUCACCACGGCUGCAAUAGACAUCCACCAGCCCAACAUCUCCUCAGACCUCUUCUCUCUGGACAUGCCCCUCAAGCUCGGCAGUAAUGGCACUGGUGCCAGUACCACCUCGGAGAUUGCCUCCCGCAGCUCAGUCACCCGGGCUCAGAGUGACAGCAGCCAGACGCUGGGCUCCUCCAUGGACUGCAGCACCGCCCGAGAGGAGCCAUCUUCUGAGCCCGGCCCUGUUCCCCUGCCACCCCAGCAGCAGGUGGAGGAGGCCACAGUCCAGGACCUGCUGUCCUCCCUGUCAGAGGACCCCUGCCCAUCCCAGAGGGCCUUGGACCCAGCCCCCCUCGCCCGGCCCAGCUCAGCGGGCUCGGCCCAAACCAGCCCCGAGCUGGAGCACAGGGUAAGUCUGUUCAACCAGAAGAACCAGGAGGGCUUCACCGUCUUUCAGAUCAGGCCCGUCAUCCACUUCCAGCCCACCGCGCCUGUGCUGGAAGACAAGUACAGAUCUUUGGAAUCCAAAGAGCAAAAGUUGCACAGGGUCCCUGAGGCCUAGAUCCUGCAGUGGGCUGGGUGGGAGGAGGGGAGACAGCCAUCUCGAAGCUCUCCUGGGACCCUGGAGGCUGCCAAGGGCCACAGGCGGGGCCCAGGAGCCCGCCUGGCCUCCCUCAGGGUGCUGCCUGCCUCCAGGGAGGCGAUGCCAGGCCAGGAGGCCACAAGCUUCAGACCUCAAAGCCCAGAGCUGGCGCCUCUUCUCGCCCUGCUCAGGGGAGGGUGGUGCUCGUGGCUGGGUUUUCUUUUUAACCAUUUUUACAAAAACCAGCCUGUGGCCCAGCUUCAGCAGGGUAGAGUGCGGGGGGCCAGCUCAGCCUCUUCUGUUGCCUUCGUUCCUGACACCCACCCCGGACCCUCGGGAACAGCACUGUGAGCAGGGGCUGUCCAGCCCCACCCUAAGCCGUCUCUCCCAGGAAUCCUGGGUGGAGUCCCACACAAUCACAUGGAGACCACCAUCUGAGCCUACUUCAUUUGUCCUCAUUCUCAUUCCAGCAUGAGCGUUUCUGAGUCUCUUCAAGACAAAUCUAGUUUUCACCUUCACAGGAUAUAAAGGGAUCAACCUAGAGGUGGGUGGGAGGGUUCUGGGAGGCAGGGGGCAACCAUUUUCCAACCUUGGCUUUAAUAAUAAAAACCAGCUGCACUGAGA